ACUACACAUACGGGCCCUCUCCUCCGACCGACCUCACUCCCCGCCCCCUUUGUUCCUCGACUCCCCUCUCCACGAAAACCGCCUGCGAUUGGCCUGGAAAGGUUCCCCUGUAACGCUAAUUCGUCGCGGGAAACCCCUUUGUCGCCUUUCUCCGACCGGGGCUUCAGUUCCUCGCCGCCCUCUCGAGCCAUCGACUCUGAUGGGUUUCUCCGCCGGAGUCCAGUAUCGCCUCCUCUCCCAUCGAGACGGUGCGUCGGGAGGGUCCAGGCCGUGAGCCCGGAGAAGGGGGAAGGAGCGGCACGGGAAUAGAGCGGGAGGAGUAGUACUAUAUCGCUCGCUUUCGGGAUCUGAGAACUGGGAGUGCAUUGGUGAUAAAGCCGUCACGGCGAAUAUGUUACACCUUCCGAAAGGCAAAGACGAGACCAGAGGGGCGCCAGAUUUGACUCGUCAAACUUUGACCACACCAUCGGACUUUCUCGUCUGCAUCGUUGUCGAAUCCAUUGGAAAGGCUUGGAGAAGAGUUGGGUCUCUCUUUAUUCGUCGUGGAAGGCGGAGGAGGCUUCAGGGUCUUUUCUGGUGAAGGGGUAUGGAUAAGUUUCUUGCUGACCAUGUCGUCGUCAUCGUCGUCCCCACGCACCAUCAAACGCCUAUGUAGUUCGAGCUGCACCUCCUUCGGCCGCUGCAGGAGUGCCAUGCAUGCAAGUGCUUGGGCCACCGUACCCAACUUCAAGUUGCAUGUACCAAGGAUGGUAGUCCAACCCACUCUUCUCCACCUCCCUGCAAGAUAGACAUGCUUUGCCAAGCGGAGGAACUUCGCGUUAGAGCAGCAGCUGUUUUGUCUUCCAGUUUUGGAGCGAGUUCUUAACGAGAAUCUCGCCUUCUCUCUCAUAUGUCGCUGGUAACAUUGUGCUGAUCGGUUUGGAGUUGGAGGUCGUUAUGGGUAAUUGCUCGUUUAGAGGGAAACCAUCCAUCUACAGAGCUUCAUCCGAUGGGAGAUCAGGAUCUCCAGAAGUUGAGAAUCCAUUGGUGAAAGAAGAGGAAAAGGAGGGUACAAAAUUGCCAUCAAACCCAGAAGAAGUGGAGGACUUGCGACGGGACACAGCAAUGAACCCCCUUGUUGUCUUCUCUUUCAGUGAACUCAAGAAAAUCACAGGGAAUUUUAAGCAGGACAACAUUUUGGGCAUCGGCGGAUUUGGUAGUGUAUACAAGGGUGUCAUCACUGAAGAACCUAGGGAGGGGCUUCAACCUCUUCAAGUAGCUGUGAAGGUCCAUGAUGGUGAUAAUAGCUACCAAGGUCACAGAGAAUGGCUGGCUGAGGUCAUAUUCCUCGGGCAGCUUUCUCAUCCAAAUUUGGUCAAAUUGAUUGGUUAUUGCUGCGAAGACGAGCAUCGAGUCCUGGUGUAUGAGUUAAUGGAUCGGGGCAGUGUGGAAUUCAAUCUCUUCUCAAGAGUAGAAGUGCCCCUUCCGUGGUCGAUUAGAAUGAGAAUUGCGUUAGGUGCAGCAAAAGGGCUUGCUUUGCUCCAUGACACUGAAAAGCCAGUUAUAUACCGUGAUUUUAAAACUUCCAACAUUUUGCUAGAUCAGGAGUAUCAUGCAAAACUGUCUGAUUUUGGACUUGCAAAAGAUGGACCAGUAGGUGAUAAGUCUCAUGUUACUACCCGAAUAAUGGGAACUUACGGAUACGCAGCACCAGAGUAUAUCAUGACAGGGCAUUUGACCACCAUGAGUGAUGUUUACAGCUUCGGUAUGGUCCUCCUUGAGCUCCUCACCGGAAGGAAAUCACUGGACAAGUCUCGUCCUGUGCGAGAGCAGAUGCUUGCUGACUGGGCUGCACCAUUGCUUAUACACAAGAAGAAAGUGUUGGGGAUCGUAGACCCCAGGUUGAGUGGAAAUUGUCCAGAUAAAGCCGUUCAAAAGAUAGCCAUGCUAGCUCACUACUGCCUCAACCGCAAUCCAAAGGCGAGGCCUCUUAUGAGAGACAUUGUCUGCUACUUAGAACCUCUUCAGAUAGCUGUGGAUGUCCCAGGCAUAGUGGCAUAGAUGAUUCAACUAGCAGCUCUAUGAGAUGAAAGUAUCGAACCAGAGUUUACACUGGUCUCUGAUGGUGCCAAUAUUGAGAGUAGUAGUAGCGGCGGACAAAGACAUUAAUUUCAGAGAUGAAUUCUUGACCAAUGUCUCAGAAAAAUGUCAAUUUUCUUCUGUCCAACCGUCAUUAAGUUUGAAUUGUUUACCACAAUCCAGUGGAAAAGCACUAAAUUAUGGUUUGAAUAUUAAUCGAAUAGUAUCUGCCAACGGCAAAGCAUGUUGAGUAGAAUUUUCGCAACAAGAAGGUAAAAUUUUGGGUUUGAGCUUCUUAACCAUGCACAAGUUUGAAGCUGGUCAGUCUUAACUAGGUUUUCACUUCACCAAAGCCAAACAUCACAAGUUGUCUCUCCACCAAGCUUACAAGUUGACCUUUACCAGAACUGCUUCUGCUAUCAUAUCAGAAUGAAAAGUUUGUUUCCAUGUAGUUCAAGAUCUUUGUAACAGAAGAAGUGAAGAACUAUUUACUUCAGUGUGAUUUGAUCUUCUCUCUUCAGAAAUCCUAUCCUGAUUAGUUGUACUUUCUA